AUGCUCGUAACUAGAAACUCUUGUGCUGUGGCCCGCAUGCUGAAGCUGCCGAUCGGACAAGAGUCGAAGCGGGGCCGUCACCGGAGGUUGGUCUCGGUCUCGGCGGCCGGACCGAGCACAAAACUACUGUUCAAAUCGCGCAAGUCAUCACCUAAACACCAUCUGCUCGGUCCAACGGUUUCGGUAGAAAAUCGAAGCCGUCGAAGGGGCAAUGAAAAACUGAACUAG